AUGCCGACCUGCAGACGGAAAAGAGUCGUCCUCACUCAGCCCUCAGACGAGCUCCUCGAUGCAGUAAAGAACGACCCGCACAAGGAGGUCUUCUACCUGGAGCAAACAGGGGAGAUUUUCGAAACCUACGAAGAAUACGCCGCGCGCAUGUCCUUUUACAGACUCAAACAAUUCCAAUGCGAGUUGACAGGCAAGAGCGGACUGGAUUACUUCCAAGCCGUCGAGAGUGAAAAACACGAAGCUACGACGCUGCACACCCGCUUCUCCGAGCCUCUAAAACCCGUCGUGCUGAAGGCGGUACAAUGGCAGGUCAUGGGCCGCCUGGACCAUCUAGUUGAAGCUGUCUACGAUCGGUUUAAAGACCGUUACUUCCAACACGAGAGAGUGAUUGUAGAUUUACAUCCUAAGUAUUACGCACGCGUUGAGCGAGUAUACCCUCCGAAGUACUACCAUGACGUGGAUGCUCGGGACGCAUUUAAGCCCACCGAUCUGACUUCAAACGCCAUCAUGGCGGUCGACGACGAGCCGCCACACGUCAUUGCUGGGGAUCUCAACCUGCCUAUCAAAGAGGCCAACCAGCGCGACGACCCCACCCUGUAUUAUUAUUGGGUCCAUAUUCUGGAACUGGAAAAGGAUAAACCUGAUAAGAACAGGUCGGCUCAACAGCAUGAGAAGGACGUAGGGAUAAUCGGAAGUCUCAUGGAGGUUAAGUGCCAGAUGAUGAGUCGCGAUCGUCUAUGUUUCUCAAAAUCCAUACUGCGUCGUUUUAUACGUGAUUGCGUCGAUAGGGAUGCUGCAGUUGCUUCACCCUGGACGGUCAAGCCUGCAAUUGCGCAGCGAUAUGGCGUUGAUACUGUUAUGCCAGAGGAGACUCGGAAGGGUGUUGCGGAUAUCAAGAAGGGAGAAAUUGAUAAACGAAGGAAGACUUACCAGAACGAAGAGGGAGGGCCACCGACGAAGAAGCAGAAACUCAACCAAAAGAAGAGUCUGUCACCUGCGGAGGAGGCAAAAAUGAAAGCUGGGCUUCCUGUGUCUCACAAGAAGGAUCGGGAGAACCGUGAAAAAGCUGAGAGGCAGAGGUUGGCGAAAAUCGAAGCAGAGAGACUCGCCGCAGAGAAGAAGAAAAAGAAGCCUAUACGCUACCCAACGGAGGAUCUCGAUGUUCGACUCACUGACAAAGACAAGAAGGCGGGUAUGAAGAUACAGCGACCUGUUCCGAGUCAGACGGCGCUGCCCUUUAAUGAGCAACCGGGAACGUUCGAGUCUUUCCUUCUGGUAUGGAAUUUCCUCAACGUCUACGGCCAGCCGCUUCAUCUCUCUAAUUUCACACUCGACGAGUUCGAACACGCCAUUCGCCAUAAUGUUGUCGACCCAGCGUGCCCCCUGCUGGGCGAGGUACACUCUACCCUGAUCUACAACCUACGCAGUGUCCCCUUUGUCAAGUAUGCCGCCGUAAACUCUCUAGAGAGCAGUGGCCUGGAGAGUAUGCAUGGUGUGGAUCGCCAAACGCUAGUUUCGACUAUGUACAGUCUCAGCGGAAAUUGGGAGCGACAACCAUUAAGGUCAUCAGAAGGGCGACUGGGGUGGGAGAAUUGUAUGCUGAGUUGCUUGGUAGAUCACGCUACUGUGCAAUCUUUCCCAAGGUUGCAGGAGGUGAUGACGAGGCUUCUGUUUAACGUCUACUCCCAGACAGAAGACGAAGAACCCGCUCCACUUCAGCAGUCAUCCGCCGAUCAACAAUAUGCGUAUCUCUGCCCAGCUGACCGUAUAGCUAUCCUCAGCUUCAUGUGCAACCUGGCUAUUUCGAGUAAAGCCAUACAUGUCCAUAUGGAGAGCUGCGAGGAACAACUAACAGCGCUACGGAAGGAGAAGAUCGAGGUUAAUCGACAGAAAAAGUCAUUCCAGGAGAAAAUGUCAACGCUUGCUGAAGUCAAGGAAGAAGACAAGGAUGACGGCCUGCCUCCCGCUCCGAACGGAGUCGACGAAGAUGUUACAAUGCAGGACAUGAGCGAGCUAUCAGACGCCUCUGCCUCCGAAGGCGGGUCUGAAUCUGCCAAUCUCAGUGCGAGACAGAAGGCUGUCAAAGCUAACGAGAUGCGCAUCAAGGCCCAGACACAAGCUCAUGCUAAACAACGGGAGGCUGCCAGACAAAAGGCUGCGUCGAUUAAGCAGGCCGCCGCGGAGCAUCGACGGUUGGAUGAGGAAAUGAACAAAAUCGAACGCCGCCUGGAGGGUAUCGAACGGGAGUUCAGGAAGCUGUUGGGUUCUGUGAGGGUGAAGCCUUUAGGCCGUGAUCGGUUUUAUAAUCGCAUUUGGUGGUUCGAUGGGUUGGGCUCCGCAUCGCUGGUCGGUAGUGGCGGUGUUGCGCAGUAUGGAACUGGACGACUUUUCAUACAAGGACCCAGUGAGUUCGACCUCGAGCUGUUGGGGCAACGGCCGCCGGAGGAGAUCGAGGAGCGAAGGAAGGAUGAAGAGGGAGAAGAUGGCAUGCUAGGUCCUGGUGAAUGGGCAGUUUAUUCUGAUCUCGAGGAAAUCGAUGAAUUCGUAGCCUGGCUCAACCCUAAAGGUCAUCGAGAGCUCGCUGUGAAGACGGCUCUAAGCAAAUGGUGGGUGCACAUCACCGCAGGUGUAAAGAAGCGAACAGCGGCAAGUGCCUUCCUUCUGGUGGUAUAG